AUGAUAACGGAAGUUAAGGCAAUGGCUUCCCUCCCGGCCUUUUGUCCCUCAACGGCCAACCCCAAUCCCUUCCCGCGCUUUCCCCCUUCUUCCUCUUCUCUCUCUCCUUCCAUCCUCCUUCGUGGGCCCCACGGCUUCGGAUUACGUGGCGUUCGCGCUAACCUACGCACCCAUGCCAAGUGGGAGAAAUUCGAAGGGGCCGUAGAUGAGGGCGCCUUUUCAUCUUUGGAAGAAACUUCCCAAAAAUCCCCAAUUGAAGAAGAAGUAGAAGAAGAAGAAGACAGUGACUUACCUUCUGACUUGGAGGGUGCAGUCCUGCAAUCAAGUCGUGCAAGUGCUAUGUUUGUAUCCUCAGGUGGAAUGAGAGCUAUAGUAGAACUUUUAAUCCCACAGUUGCAGUUUCUUGAUGAUGAAGGUGCCCAAGGUGAGCUCUGGGAAUUGUCAAGGAUUUUCUUGGAGUCGCUUCAAGAAGAAACAGGAUUUCAGAGAGUGAGAGCCAUAUUCCCUGAUGCUGGAGCAGCUGCACUAUUGAAAUAUCGGUGGAAAGAUGCAACUUUUGGAUUUUCCAGUUUAAGCGACCGAAAGACUGUUGAGAAUGAAGAUGAGAUAGUGGUCAUGGUAGUUCCUGAUUAUCAGAUGCUAGAAUAUGUUGAACGAAUUGCGUCUCUUCUGUCAGAUGAUCCGCCCAGGCCACUCAUCAUGUGGAACCCACGUCUUAUCAGUGAAGAUGUAGGAGUUGGCUUCAAUGUCCGGAAGUUGCGUAAAUUCUUUUUAAGCACUUUCACAGUGGUUUAUUCAAUGAGACCAUUGCCAGCUGGUGCAGUUUUCAGAUGUUAUCCUGGAUUGUGGAAGGUGUUCUACGAUGAUAAAGACAGGCCAAAUCGAUAUUUGCUAGCCAAAGAACAACCUAGCCGUCCUGAUGCCGAAGAUAUUGAGAUUAUAUUUGGAGAUGUGGCUGACAAAUCAGAGAAGGGGCCUUCCUUGUUUGCGAGAGCAGCGGGCAUGUUUUCUUCUCUGAACCGGUUCAUGAAGGUCAUCUCGAAGUGAUUUUUCAUGUAUUUAUUAGCGCAUUGCGGUGGUGUAAGGCAUCCCCAUGUGUUUCUUAGUUCAUUUCAGUGGUAAUAUUCAUUGAUACAAUCUGAUAAAAGCAUCAAGGUCCAGGUUCUAUGCUUC